AUGGGUUCAGGUAAGACAUUUAACCUCAUUCGUCAUAUACUCAUAACAGAGCGUUUAGGAAACGACUCUUACUAUGACCAAAUCAUUAUAUCAGCAACUUCAGACUCUAUGGACUCAACAGCGAAAACAUUUAUGUCAAAAGUUCAAGCCUCUGUCGUUAAAGUUCCAGACAGUGAACUCAUUGAAUUUCUUCAACGUUACAUUCGACGUAAGAGGAAAUAUUAUGCCAUCGUUGAAUUUAUACAGUCAGGAAUGCAAAAGACUUCUGAGGAGAUGGAAAGAAUUAUUGACAAACACCACUUACGUCAGUACUCAGGAGUUUACGAUAUGAAACGACUGACAAACUACAUUCUGUCAAAACUUUCAAAAUACCCCUUCAAAAAAUAUCCUUCAAAUACUUUGUUAGUUUGCGACGACUUCGCCGGAAAAGGUUUAGUUUCAAAGCCUGACUCACCAUUAGCUAACAUCAUAACUAAAGUCAGACAUUACCAUUUAACUGUAGCAAUACUUAUGCAAACAUGGAGGUUUUUAGCUUUAAACAUAAAACGUCUCAUAACUGACUUCGUUAUCUUUCAAGGUUUCUCACGCUAUGAUAUUGAACUCAUUUGGAAACAGUCAG